GCCCCAGCACCAGGACAGGAGGCCGGGGCUGUGAGGUGGCCUGGGCGCUCUGAGCCAAGCCGCACUGAGCCAUUAGCCCCAGAGUGCUCUGCCUGCCGGGACUGCCCUGCUCACCUCACUCCCCUGCACCCCCAGGAUGGUGAGGUGGUUUCACCGAGACCUCAGCGGGCUGGACGCCGAGACCCUGCUGAAGGGCCGUGGGGUCCAUGGGAGCUUCCUGGCUCGGCCUAGUCGCAAGAACCAGGGGGACUUCUCCCUCUCCGUCAGGGUGGGGGAUCAGGUGACCCAUAUUCGGAUCCAGAACUCGGGCGAUUUCUAUGAUCUGUAUGGAGGGGAGAAGUUCGCGACGCUGACAGAGCUCGUGGAGUACUACACCCAGCAGCAGGGCGUCCUGCAGGACCGAGACGGCACCAUCAUCCACCUCAAGUACCCUCUGAAUUGCUCCGACCCCACCAGCGAGAGGUGGUACCAUGGUCACAUGUCUGGGGGGCAGGCAGAGGCACUGCUGCAGGCCAAGGGGGAGCCCUGGACAUUCCUUGUGCGUGAGAGUCUCAGCCAGCCUGGAGAUUUUGUGCUAUCCGUGCUCAGCGACCAGCCCAAGGCUGGCCCAGGCUCCCCACUCAGAGUCACUCAUAUCAAGGUCAUGUGUGAGGGUGGACGGUACACUGUGGGUGGCUCCGAGACCUUCGACAGUCUCACAGACCUGGUGGAGCAUUUCAAGAAGACAGGGAUUGAGGAGGCCUCGGGGGCCUUUGUCUACCUGCGGCAGCCAUACUAUGCCACUCGGGUGAAUGCUGCAGACAUUGAGAAUCGGGUCCUGGAACUCAACAAGAAGCAGGAGUCGGAGGACACAGCCAAAGCUGGCUUCUGGGAAGAGUUUGAGAGUCUGCAGAAGCAGGAGGUAAAGAACUUGCACCAGCGGCUGGAAGGUCAGAGGCCAGAGAACAAGAGCAAGAACCGUUAUAAGAACAUUCUCCCUUUUGACCACAGCCGAGUGAUCCUGCAGGGACGUGACAGUAACAUCCCUGGGUCCGACUACAUCAAUGCCAACUAUGUCAAGAACCAGCUGCUAGGCCCCGACGAGAACACUAAGACCUACAUCGCCAGCCAGGGCUGCCUGGAGGCCACGGUCAAUGACUUCUGGCAGAUGGUAUGGCAGGAGAACACCCGUGUCAUCGUCAUGACCACCAGAGAGGUGGAGAAGGGCCGGAACAAGUGUGUCCCAUACUGGCCAGAGGUGGGCACACAGCGUGUCUACGGACCCUACGUGGUCACCAACUGCAGGGAACACGACACAGCGGAGUACAAGCUCCGGACCUUACAUGUCUCCCCGCUGGAGAAUGGGGACCUGGUUCGAGAGAUCUGGCACUACCAGUACCUGAGCUGGCCUGACCAUGGGGUCCCCAGUGAGCCUGGGGGUGUCCUCAGCUUCCUGGACCAGAUCAACCAGCGGCAGGAAAGUCUGCCUCACGCAGGACCCAUCAUUGUACACUGCAGCGCAGGCAUUGGCCGCACGGGCACCAUCAUUGUCAUCGACAUGCUCAUGGAGAGCAUCUCCACCAAGGGGUUGGACUGUGACAUUGACAUCCAGAAGACCAUCCAGAUGGUGCGGGCUCAGCGCUCGGGCAUGGUGCAGACGGAGGCACAGUACAAGUUCAUCUAUGUGGCCAUUGCCCAGUUCAUUGAAACUACCAAGAAGAAGCUGGAGGUCAUGCAGUCCCAGAAGGGCCGGGAGUCAGAGUACGGGAACAUCACCUACCCCCCAGCCAUGAAGAAUGCCCAUGCCAAGGCCUCCCGCACCUCCUCCAAACACAAGGAGGAUGUAUAUGAGAACUUGCACAGUAAGAACAAGAAGGAGGAGAAGGUGAAGAAGCAGCGGUCGGCAGACAAGGAGAAGAGCAAGGGUUCCCUUAAGAGGAAGUGAGCCAGGCCUCAGGCCUGAUCCCCGCAGAGGCCUCCAUGGACCAAGCCACAGCCGGAACCUAGGAGCCCGCCCCCAUUCUAUUGUAAUUUAAAUGGCUGCGUCCCUACUUCCCUCUUCCUGACGUGUAUAUAGCCCAGCAAGGCCUCUGGCGGUGCUGGGGCCCUUUACUCUUGUAAAUAAAGCCCUUAGGAUUACUGUG